GGCAAAAAUGAGAGUGAAGGGCACGAUAAAAAACGAAAACCCUACCUUUCUCUCUCCCCCUCUUUUCGCUCCCCUGCUGUUUCAUCUACGCACCACUUUCUCUUGCUGAGCUCCUGCAUCUCUCUGUUUACACAAUCUCUGUUUUUCGACCUUGCCCAUCCGAUCCCUCUGCCCUUUGGACGAAUAUUACAUCUCUGUUACCGUUGCCUUCUUUUUUGUUUUUCUGUUGGGGUCUUCCAUUUUAUCUGGCAUUUGCUACGCGCUUCCUGCUUGAUGAAAUGCACCGCACCACAUUAGUUUAUUAUUGAUGUUUUAAGGAUCACAGCUGUGCUGAGACUUCUGUUUCUGAAGCAAAUUGUGAAUAGCUUGCCGGUUUGACUUCUAGUUGAGGGAUUGAUGGUUGGACAUGCAUGGGCACUGCAAGAAUGGAUGAAGACCCUUUGGUUGAAUAAACACUUGGUGGCUUGAAUUUAGCAUGCUAAGGUUCCAUCCACAUCAACUCAAUAUAUCUUCCAAAGGUUAAUCUGAAUGACCCAUGAUAUUAUGUCUGCCCUUAUUGAAGGUCUUCCCGAUGCAGUUGCCCAUCAUUGCCUUGCACGAGUUCCCUUCUACUACCAUCAAAAUCUCCGGCUUGUUUCCAGAUCAUGGAGAGCUGCACUCUGCAGUUCCGAGUUAUUGAAGGUUCGCCAUGAAAUCGGUGCCUCCGAGGAGCUUCUCUGUGUUCUAGCCUUUGACCCUGAAAAUGUUUGGCAGCUUUAUGACCCAUGUAGGGAUCAUUGGCUAACUCUUCCUGUCAUGCCAUCCCAGAUCAGACACCUUGCACGUUUUGGCGUGACCUCUGUAGCUGGCAAGCUGUUUGUGCUUGGAGGUGGCAGCGACAGGGUUGAUCCACUCACAGGUGAUCAUGAUGGCAUCUUUGCCACCAGUGAGGUCUGGUCCUAUGAUCCCUUAUAUCAUGAAUGGGCUCGACGAGCCAACAUGCUCGUUCCUCGUGCGAUGUUCGCCUGCUGCUCCAUAGAUGGAAAGAUUAUUGUUGCCGGAGGUUUCACGAGUUUCCGGAAAUCAAUUUCGAAGGCCGAGAUCUAUGAUCCCGAUACCGAUACAUGGCGAUCGCUCCCCGAUCUUCUCCACACCCAUACUUCAGUCUGCUCUGGUGUAGUAAUUGAUGGUAAGAUCCAUGUCUUGCACAAAGGCCUCUCAGUAGUUCAGAUUCUGGAAGAUAGGCAGCAAUGGUCAGUUAAGGACUUUGGUUGGCUUCAGGGUCCAAUGGCUGUUGUUAGAGAAGAGCUCUAUGUUCUAAAUGGAGGGUUCAUUCUGAAGCAGCAUAAGGAGAGCAGUCAGAAAGAUAAUACUGUUCUUGAUAAAUUGGUGUCUUCUGCGCCAGAAUUCAAAAGCAGAAUCGGAUUUGGAAUGAUUGGGCUCGGGGAUGAUUUGUAUGUCAUCGGCGGAGUGAUUGGACCAGGACCGACUAAUCAGUCUAUCAAGCAGCUUCGAGACGUUGAUGUUCUAUCUGUGAACAGCAAAUGGCCGAUUUGGCGACAGGCUUCGCCAAUGACUCGGUGUAGUGGAAGCAUUCUUGGCUGCGCUGUGCUGAAAAUUUGAUUGGAAAGGUAUAUAUUUAUAUAUAUAUAUCUCUAUCUCUAUAAAUUUAUACCUUAAUGUGGCAUUGUGAAUGUUGUUUUUUUUGAGUGACAUUGUAUUUCUAGGGAAUUACAGAUAAGCAGGCAUUUUAUUGUUUUUCAUACAUUUCAGCUCAGAAAAAAAAAAAAAAAACCAAAUUGUGAAUUUUAUUCUAUGAAGGGAAGAUUGAUUUUGAAAUGAUG